AUUAACUUAAUUCCACUCUCUUGGAUUUCACAGAAUUCAGCUUUAUUGACUAUUAGUUAAUUAUUGCGUGGAUGAUUCCCUUUUCUAAGUAAUAUAACCAAUUAAAUUAAAUUAUGAUCUAUUAAGGUAGCAAUAUUGAUAAUAUAUUUGUAAUUUUUUAAGCUGCUUCUGCGAUUGACUUAGCUAUUUCAUUAUUUUCUCAUUAAUUUCCAAAAAUGUGCCCUGGCCCGAACUUUUAAAGGGUUCAACUGUAGCGAGAAACUUCACUGUGAUUUCUCAAGCCACUGUUGAAUCAUCUGCACUGAACUAAUGGUUUAAACCACAACUAAGUCUUAGUUUCAAUCAGUAAUAUUCAUUCAAUACAAAAUAUAAAAGGUAUUGGGAACUUCAUGAUUCAAAACAAUAAUGAAGGGGAUGACUUAUCUUGAAUUCCACGAAAAUGCACAGGGCCUAUUCUAGUUAUAUGUAUAAGAUAUUGUUUCAAUAAUGUGUUGUCUUGAUGACAUAAAUAUUUACUCUAGUCCUAAUUGUAAGGCAAAAUUUUAAAAAUUCUAUUUGGUCCUAAAUAUAGGGUAAAGAUGUACUAGUUAAUUUUUUUUUUUUCAAUAUUGCCCUUCUUUUAUAAUUGCACCAAGUUUUAAUCUAUAGACACAUUUUACUGUGGUCAUUAAUUUUAGUGAAAGGCAAAAUUAAAAAGUCAAAUAUUUUUAACUAGUUUAAGGAUAUUAACUACCAUUAAAAAUCAUGAAGUUAGUUAACUUUAUCCUAUAAUUAGGACCAGAGGGAGUAGGUUAUUAUACAAAUGAGGUGGUAUCAUAUAUAUGUAUUCAGUACUAGAAAAUUUUUCCUCCACAUACAGGCCUCUGCCUAUGGUUUGCAAUUAAAUAAGUCUACCUCAUAGAUAAAAAUGCUGGCAAAAAAGCAAGAGAGAGAGAUCAGGUUGUAUAUAUGGAGAGAAUGGUGUGUGUUUCACUUUGCUUCACCAAAGAUUCAAUAGUAAUUAAUCAAAUUUUACAUGUAGUUGACAGGGACACCCUCAGCAUGCUCAGCAAGGAAGAAGCCAAUAAGGUUCAGGAGCUGAGGCAGUUGAAUGGGGAAGAGCUUGAAGGAUUGGACACAAAGGAAUUACAGAAGCUUGAAGAACAAUUAGAAAAAGGUUUGAGCCGUGUUGUCAAAGCAAAGGAUGAAAUGAUGUUGAAAGAGAUCCGUGCGCUCAAGAUAAAGAGAAUCCAAUUGAUGGAAGAGAAUCAGCGACUAAAACAGGGGAGGAAUGUUUCGCAAGAACAAGGUCAGUCAUCUGAGUCAGCCAACAUUGGCAGCAUAUUUGAUCCUCCACAUGACGAUGAUAGUUCAGACACUUCUCUCAGAUUGGGAUUGUCUUUAUUUAAAUAAACUAAAGAUGUGAUACACUAUGGAGCAGAGCCAGAUACUCUGACGUUUUCAUUCUUUUUAGGUGAAAUUUAACCGUUGUGGGAGUUUUUUCUUCCUGUUAUUUCAAAACUUAAGUUUGCUUAAUCCAUGUAAGUAGGUGUUGCUCACAUAAAUUGAACAAUGAACAUAUAUAUAUAUAUAUAUAUAUCCGAUGAUAUUUUAUACUUGUAUUUGAAAA